UCAUUCGUUUCUUCUCCGCCAUUCGACCUUUCCCGAUCACUUCAUUCAUUCAUUCCACUUCAUUCAAAAAUACAACAACCAAUAUAACUAUGCCCGCCACUAUUGUCAAAGUCCCUACUAUCGAUAGCCUUCAUGAAGUCAUCACCAAGGCUGUUGAAGAGAACAAGGAUAAGGAUAUUUAUAUCUACUACUACGCUUCUGUCGAUCCCGACACUGGAAAGUCAUGGUGUCCUGACUGUGUCAAGGCUGGUCCUGUUGUUGCGGGGCGUUUCUCCAAGCUUGAUAAUGUAGUCCUUAUUGAUGCACCUGUUGGCGAUCGCCCAACAUGGAAGGAUAUGAGCCAUCCUUACCGCCAUGACAAGGUCAUCAAGAUCAGUGCUGUCCCCACUCUUGUUCACUGGAACACGAAAUCACAGCUGGUUGAGAACGACUGCGAAGAUGUCAAUAAGCUCGACAGAUUUUUGCAGCGCUCAUAAAAAAAAAAAAGAGCAACAUGAU